UAUAUAGUCCCCCCCAGACCCUUCUCAAUCGUACGACACACUAUGAUUACAAAAGACCUAGGACCUGCUUCCACCACGGAAUGAUUAAAAGGAACGCUUCCAUCCAAUUCACUUAACCGGCAGAAGAGUAUGCAGAUCCUCUGGAUAUAAAGCUCUAAACCCGGCCCUCGUAAAUCCGUCUUUGUAAUCAACUUUGAGCGACGCGGAAAGGCCGAAUGCAUGCACCUUUUCCACCUGCGCAAGACGCUCGAUGAAGAAACUUGAUUCGGUAUCCAAUCACAUCCCUAACUUCUCGCUGACUCUGCAGAUAAAGGGCGGAAGAAUAUGGUGCUUAAAUUCAUUAAGCAAAAGACGGUCCAUACACGUGGACCCCAGGUUAAAAGUGCACGCACCGAAUACGGUAAGCCUCGUCAUCUCAUGCAUGUAUGUUGAAAGGCGCCCAUUACAUCCCAAAGUGGUUUGGUUUUCCGCAGAUGAGUGAUACAAUGCUACACAAAGAAAUUUUUAUUUGCACCUGUGUGGCUUUCCACUCACCGUCUGAAAUAGCAGUGAAAAGUGAUGUCAGACCCUGUUUCGACCCUUGAAAAGGCGGACAUUAAGAACUUUCUAUCGAUUGCUCUACCGGUGUUUUGUGUUGCCGAUCGGAUAUGUAAGCUGGAUUUUUGCAUGGUGUAUAUGGUGUGUGUGAUUGCCAUAGCCUAUUGAAAGGCUACCAAUUUACCUGCGCAACACUCUACUGCCGCUGCCUAGGGAUUCGGGAAUUUGCGGCGGUUGAAGCUUUUGUAAGCUACUGGAGCCAUUUCUGAUACUGAUUAUAUAUAAUUUCGGGUCCUUCGAGACUUUAAAACUAUUGACAAACUUUAAUCACAAUAACAAUCAUCCUCACAAACUUCAAACUCACACAGAAAUAUUUACACAGGCUAAUCGUACGACUAAUAUUCAAUGGCGAUUUCUACUCCAAUUUGGUAUUCGCCUCCUUCGCCUCCCUCUAUGACAUUUGAUCAAGACGCGCCGUGUGACUUAAGUACCGAAGCAUUCGGAUCUGCGUUUCCAUACACAACCUGUUCGAUACCACGAACGGAGAGUAUAUAUACUAUACCGACGUACCCGAGUCCAUACCUCGAUUCCAUUGAUGUGUCUAUGGUGCCAGAUUUGGAACAAAGCAUUUCGACAGAGGAGAGUAGAAAUUAUGGAUCGGAAAGGAACGAGAUGAUCAAUGAGCUGUCAAGCGAAUUGAAACGAGGCCAAAACCGAGCUUCUCGUGAACGAAAGCCCAAAUCUCAAGGUAGUCGCACACGAGAGACAUCGCAUGACUCAACAGAUUCAGUAACAGAAAAGACACCCGCACAAAAGAUGCGUCGGCUUGUACAAAAUCGCGUGUCCCAGAGAAAUUUUCGAAAACGUCAAGCAAACGAGCGACAGCGACUUGAAAACCAGGUGAAGAUACUCAGUACCGAGUUACACAAUCUUGGUGAUAUGUAUCAAGAUCUACUAAGUCGAUACGAGCAGGCACAACGUGAAAAGUUGUCGGGUAGUGAGCUGGUAGGAGGAUGGGUAGAUGGGGCUGGGACUAUGAACCAAUUCAACCUUGGUGGGCUUGAAUGA